AUGUAAAUUAUACUAAUUAUAUACCAAAUCUUACAAUUAUACAUUCAGACUUAAAUAAAAAUGAAAUUCAAAAAUAAGCUAUUAAAUACAGUGAAAAAAUUGGAUAUGAUUAUUUAGAUUUGCAAAAUGAUUUUCAUAUUUUUGGAGAAUAUGCUACUUUUGGAUUUGAAUUAGAUUAAGGGCAAGCAUAAAAAAAUCCAAAACUAAAUUGAAUUUUUGCCACUUUAAAAGUUCUGUUUUGAUCACCAGAAUAACCUACUUUAAUAAAUACUGACAUAAAUUAUAAUUCUAAUAAUAAAAGCAAUACAAGCAAUUCAAAUAGAAGGAGUGUCGUUAUGUUAAUGA